CGCUGCAGCGCUGUAGUCGCAGGUAGUUGGAAUCAGUCACUGCGCGCGCGCCCAUGUGCGAACAUCAGCUGUUAGAUUCUGUCACAGAACACUUGUGCGAAAUGUGAAAAAAAUGGUUACAUGAAGAGACAAAAUGAUCAACCGGAAACCGAGCCUGAACGCAGCUGUUUGGCUUAACUUCCUGUUGGUAUCAACAAUGGCUGUGGAACAACAGCUGAGCAACAAUCAGGAUUCAGACUUGACAAGUUUCCGAAAUCUGACUAUGAACGAUACUUCCACAGACAAGACUUUAAGCAUGGACCUCAGUACAGAUGACUCGCCCCGCCUGGAGUUGUAUGGAGGAUGGGGGCCGUGGACCAAAUGUAGACCUCACUCUUGUACCCAGAAUCGGAGCAAACAUUGCAAAUCGGGGGCCAAUUGUAGCGGAGUCAUACUCAAGGAAGAGCGACCUUGUAAAAUCUACACAAAUUCCCAAAGAAAAUAUUGUGACAGAAGUAAUCGGGGAAGAAGAAAACAUCGUCACAAGAAACGCAGACCGCCCUUUCAUGUGGUGGUGAACAGCCCUCGUAAGUCCGUCCAGAAGAUCGGAGCCCGCAGUGGAGACCUGCUGGGCCGAGGGGAAGAGGGAGAUGGUUCGGACAACGAGUUGUCGCUACGCGGAGAAUACAAGAAAGCUUACAGUAAAUGGAGCCGAUGGACAACUUGUACCAGGUCUUGUACUACCCAGCGAUACAGGUGGUGCAAGAGACCUGUUGUCUGUGGAAAGGAUGUGAUAAGGGAAACAGCAUUCUGCUAUCAAGAAGGUUCUCAAUGUCACACCAUACACAAGGAUAUGAUGAGGAGGGGUACAGACGACAACAGUGUCUACAGUGACAAAAACGACAUUGGUGGCCGAGCUUACAGCAUUGCGCCAGCAUCGGCGAAUCCUCGGGUCAGCCAAGGGGUGUGUGGUUUCGGGCGGAACACUACCAGGGGGUAUGCAGCCAAUAUGUUGCGUAUCAUAGGAGGGCGAGACGCAUACCCUGGAAGCUGGCCGUGGCAGGUCGCUGUGCUUAACAGGUUCAAGGAAGCCUUCUGUGGGGGAACUCUGAUAGCCUCCCAGUGGGUGUUGACAGCGGCCCAUUGUGUUCGGAAGAGACUGUACGUCCGACUUGGAGAACACGACUUGGCCGAGAGGGAUGGCACGGAACUUGAAAUGAGGGUAGAAUAUGCAGUCACUCACCCCGAUUACAACAUGGACACAGUAGACAACGAUUUGGCAUUGCUACACUUGCCGUUCCCCGCGACUCAAGACCCUCAACACAACAUUGCGUGUUUACCUCGUGCACGACAACCCCUCCCCGCACGACGUCUCUGCACGAUCAUAGGCUGGGGCAAGAGACGAACUUCCGAUAUGUUUGGAACAGAUGUUCUGCAAGAAGCUCAGGUGCCCAUAGUGACCAACGAGGAGUGUCGCAAGGUCUACCAAGACUACCACAUCACGGGCAACAUGUUCUGCGCGGGAGACAGACGGGGCAGGAUGGAUUCCUGCGCAGGAGACUCCGGGGGUCCGCUACUGUGUCACUUGGCGGGGCGUUGGAUGGUUUUCGGCAUCACCAGCUUCGGGGAAGGCUGUGGCAAGCGGGGCAAAUAUGGUAUCUACACCAGACUGCCCAACUACGUCCGAUGGGUUCACAGGGUGAUGAAAACAUACACUACUGUGUGAAAGAUGUGAAGUGCAAUAGCCACUGUAUAGCUAAGGGUUGGGGUUGGAGGAAGAGUGGAUAGAAUGAAUAAUCUUUGACUUUUGAUUUGUGGAGUGCACUUCAUUCAUUGGGUUUAACCACUGAUGAUGGAGCUGCAGUGCAACUUCAAAACCUCAGUAUUCAUCAAAUACAGCUAGAAGACAUGGUCCAGCACAGAAGACAACCAUAGUAUAAAUCUGGAGAUCUGAAUCCAUUCAGUCUAAAUUUUUGUCUCAGUGAUUUUUCAAUUAUUGUUUUUGUUACAGUAAUUCAAACUCUAACUAUAAAUCAGUAGAUAAGCAAGAGUGUUGUGGGAAGAAUUCAUACACUGCAGAUCAACCUCUAGCGUUAUUGAAUAUUUUCAUUUAUCUGGAAUAAUUGUCUGAUUAAAACUUUUACCAUUUACCUUACAUUUAUUAUAGUUCAGGUGAUGAGUUUAUGGCUCAGUCGGCAUCACCACAGACUUCGGACCCAACCCAAGGCAGCGAUGUCGUGGUUUCUGAUCCUUGUAACUACACUUUAUCAGUACAGUACACCCUUUUACUGUACGGGCUCACCUCUUGCUUUGCUGGGGACGCUCUACAAACAGUUCCGUAGUGUACAGGACAAAGGAUAAACUAACCAACACAUUGUAAACAGAUAAUAAAAUAAAGUUCACAUCAGGAACAAGAUUUGAUCAAAUCACAAAAGUUCAAAUCUAUCAUUACUGCGUUCAGUAAAGCAGAAGUUUUAUGAGACAAAAAGUAUUUUUAUUUCCAAAGUGAUUGUACCCAUUCCCUCCUCCCAGAUACAUCACUUGAAGCUGUUGAUGCUUAUCAUACUAUUGUUCUUCAGUGCCAUGUACAGUGUAGUUUCGUUUGGUCUGUGAUCUUGUCCUUAGUUAUUCUUCAUUGUUAUUUGUGUUUGUAAUGCUAAUAAUGUAAUAUUGAAGUGUCAAAAAGCCCUUGUCAAGAGAUUGAACAACAUUUACUCAGGAAAUGCAAACAAAUAUUUUGGGGCUGUUACUUGAACAAUAGUUGUUGCCCAUUGUGUUGAAACGAACGUAAGCGAAUAAUUUUGAAUUUUUUACUUUAUACUGAAGUUUGUCACUUAUAGUUGUCAAUAAUCUAUAGUAUUAGAAAGGACCUCAUUCACUGUAUGUAUCAGCAGAACUUUAAAAUAAUUUUGUACCACGGUUAAUUUUUUUUUUACUUUCUAAAUCCUAAAAUAAAAAAAUUGAAGUAAACUGUUAAGUAUUCAUACCAGAAAUUUUCAGUAUUUUUGAGUUUUCACUAUUGCUUCAAUAAUUCAUUGAAGAGUAUUUGUAUUAUAUUUUUAAUACACAGCAUUCUUUUAGAAAAACUGUUCUUAGAAAUUACUGUAUACUACCCGAAAGAUACUGUAAGAAAAUAACACAAAAUAACAAAUUAUAGUAGUUUAGUAUAGUAAAACAUGUAUAUAGUCUUA